AGCGGACGAGGCUGCCCAAGGAUUGUGUGCGCGAGCUUACAGUGAUCUGAACGUCCAUUGUGCUCGGGACCAGAUCUUCAUGUCACGUCAAGGAACCGAUGUUGUUGGGAUUUCGGAGCAUACAGUCGACGAGAAGUCAUCAGGCCUCGAGCAGGGCGAUAGGCCAACGGAGCCUCUGCAUACACCAGAGGUCCAAGAGCAGCCAGGGUCCACCCCAUCCUAUUAGCAGUUCCGAGCCUCUUUCAUCUGGUUUAAGCAAGGAAGCAUGGAAAAUAUACGUCGAUCGAGCGUCACAAGCGGACGAACAUUCCUUCAAGGCAUGGAAUCUGCAGAUGCACAAUCGCAUACUCUUCGCGGCUCUGUUUUCAGCCGUGCUCGCUGCUUUCGUUCUCGAGUCAUACCAGAAUUUGCAGCCCGACCCCAAUUCUGCCUCCGUGGAUCUUCUCCAACAGAUCCUUCCGACCCUACAGUCUAACGGCCGCCUCUCGCAUGCAACUCUAAACACUUCCAGUGCCCCGGGCAAUUUCCAACCCAGCAGCACCGACGUCUGCAUCAAUGCCUUGUGGUACGCAAGCUUGGUCAUCAGCAUUUCGACCGCCUUCCUAGCCAUCCUGGCGAAGCAGUGGAUAUUCAAUCUCAGCGAGGAUUGGGAGCCGACACUCGUGAUGAAGGGCCGCCAACGCUACUUCCUUCGCGAGAGUCGCGAGAGGUGGAAGCUCUCCUCCGUGUUAUCUUGGCUGCCCGCCUUGCUGCACGUCUCGCUGUUGUUGUUCUUCGCGGGCCUUGCCAUCUUCCUACAGUCUAUCAACACAACCAUCGCCAUUGUGGGAGGAUGCCUCAUGGCCAUCACCGUCUCGAUCUACGUCGCCACGCACACAAUAUCGAUGCUUGACUGCCGUAGCCCCUACAAGACAUCGGUGACGACAGCACUGGUGACCGCUGUCCUCUCUGCGCUGAUCGAGCUCCAUUCCGUGAUCUACACGUUUCACGCCAGGAUCGUAACGGGUGUGGGCCUGUUUCACGAAUGCUGCUGCAGACGGCGGCGCCAUCGCAGUCAGAGCGAUCUCGACCUCCCGCGGUCGGAGACUGACGACGCGGACACCGAUAUAUUGAUAUUUAUACGAUCGGUCUCUGAGCAUGCCCCACCGCAACCCAUGGGCGACUUCUCGGACGUCCGUAGGGAGAUGAAGGCAGCGUUCAAACAGCUCUUGGGCCGGUCCGCGAAUCCACGCAUCUGGGAGACUGACUAUCUCCAUCGAAAAUGCGACGAUAUAAAUGCCCAUGUCCUUACUGACCUCAUAAGACAAGGGGGCGACGGCCGACUGCUCACUAAGGAGCGGUGCCACUUCCCUUCUCUCCCCCGAUACAGACGCCUUUUCAUCGAUGCUGGCGCGCUUUCCCUACUCUCCCAUCCCCUCAGCUAUUUGCCCGCCCACAACAGGGACAGGUCCCUUCCUCUGCGUCCAGCGGACAAGGCGGCGAUGCUGAAACUCACGCAACUCUUGACGGAGGCUGAUGGAGCUAGCCUCGCUCAGGUCGAAGGUGUGCCAGUUGGAACUCACGUAGAUCCGCGGCCGCUCCCGUCGUCGGUAGUUGAGCUCAUCGCUAAUCUGCGGCUGUUGGCGACGAAGACGCGGUGCUCGUCGCUUGCAUCUUGCGACUCAUACUUCAUGCCGGUCAUUUCAAGCUAUCCCCCGCGAUCAGUAUUGGGGCGCAUGUCAUUCCCUUCCUUCGUCGCCUACUCCACUGGCACAAAGAACCACCCAAUAUCCGACAUGAUUGGUUAGCAUCUAUCGUCAGUACGGUGAUACUCUUCGGGAUGCUCAGGCGCAUGCCGACGGCUCCUGGCACGCUGGAGGCACGGAGGCAGCAGAGGACAGACUGCCCAGGUCCAACUACAGGCUUGGUAUACGCUGGAGCUUCUGGCAGAGACGACGCUCGCGAGUCCGUCCCUAGACUCCCAAACGCAGUGGCAGCUUUGCUGGGGAAUGUGGCUCAUGUCACAACCUACCCUACUAUCAUUUGUUCCCCCCACUGCUCUUAUCCCCCAUGUU